AGACUUCAGUUCAAAUUUGUAAUAACAGCAAGCAACAUCCAUCUAUUUUUUUGCGUUAAACAAACAAAAUUGUUGAACAAGAUAAAGAAACGAAAUUCUGCCUAAAGAUGUGGGAGUAUCGCCAGGAUAUUAACCUUGAAACUUCGGUGAAAAUGUCACCGUAUUGCCAUUCUUGGCAAUCGGCUUGUUGGUUUUUCCUAAAAGGCGUGGACAUGUGGAAAUUCUUAGUAUCGGACCGAUCAACGACUUACCAUGUCAUUAUGUCGAUUUUUCUGAUCGGACUCUUUUGGAUAUUAUUUAGAUGGGUAAAGCGUAAGAGGAGCGAAGUGCCCAUGUCGGAGAUAAGAUCGCUGAGAGAUCGUGUUCAGUAUGUCAGUGAGGAUAUUGUCAAGUUGCAGGAUGCCCUUGAUGCGGCCAAGUCGAUACCUAGUAUUUCCCAUGUGGUUAUAGACCAGGUUAAUGCCGCCUUGCAUGAGAGAAAGGAAGAGGAAGAAGGUAAUGAACAGGAAAGUAAUGAACAAAUGGAUGUUAAGCCUCCAGAAUCUUUUGAAGUUCCCGAAUCCGAUGAAAUUCCUGAUUCUUCUAAUGCAAUUGCCAAGAAGCCCCCUAUUAAACCGAAACCCAUUCGAAGUUUGUCUUCCAAUCGGCGUAAUACAGAUGAAAAUGCAAAUGUGGAAAAUGACCAGGAUCAAAAAAAUUUACGUAGACGUCAGAAUGUGCCGAGUCCUUCAUGGAAAAUUUAGAUAAUUUUUUUAUAUCACUGAGGAAGCAAAAUGUAAACCCUAUAAAUUAUUUGUUAAAAUUGCAAAGUCUACUUUAACAUAAAUGUUUGUACUACUUUAUAACCAUGAUAUAAAUUUGUAGUUGUAUAAACAUUUUUAAAACCUG